AUGCACUCAGCUCUGCUGUUGCUACAGGAAUAUGCCAAGUCUUUCAAUAGGCAUAUGCCUCGAGAUAUUCAAGCUCUGGUAUUAAAGAACCAGGAUCAUUUCGACUACUUGUUCUUUGUGCUUGAUAGGGCUUCUAUCCUAGACAAGGUUACUGCAGCUGUCAAAUUCAACAACCUUCAUAAUUUCAAAUCGUUGUUCCGUACCGCCGUGGAUCACUUGAACGAUCAGCUUCUCGAGAUCCGAUACGCUCGAAAAGCCCUUUUCACGUGCGAAGUAGACAAUGAUUCUGCUGUUGAUAUGCACCCCGCGGAUCCGGCUUCAGUAGACCAUAUCGACUGGAACACCCGGGAACCCGAAAUGGGUCCAUUUUGUGGCCAGAAUAUCGAUGACACAAAUUCUAGCGAUGAGAAUAGUGAUGGCGGAAACCAGGGGACUAAUGGCGACAGCGAGGGUGGCGAACAAGACAAGGAUGUUACGGAGGAAGGAAACAUCACUGCUUUGUCUCAAAGUGAAGAGGAGUUGACUGAUGAACAAGAUGAUCUUGAAUCCACACUUGGCGAACUAGGAGAUGGGUUUGGACUUGCUGACGAGUCAACUGGCGGAAGGCUUGUUGAUCUUGUCUGA